GAUAUAUCGAAUAUUUGGGUUUGCGAACCACUAUCGAUGUUUGAGUGCCGAUAGUAAACGAUAGUGGCAAGCUUGCACAUCUUUACUUUUGGCGAACAACUGCGGAGAUCUACACGUGAAAGUUAAUAUUGGUGUUGGCGGAGAAAAUGGACAAAUUUUUGCAAGGCGAAUACGAUAAAGGCAUAAGUGCAAAGAGCAAGUCGGAGGAGGACGAAAACCAGGUGAAACGAAUAGGGAAGUCCAAAGUGUGGAACCACUUUAAAAAGUCCCAAGAUGGCAAGACGGCAAGUUGCAUGCACUGUAAUAAAGUUUACAAAACGAGCGGAAACACGUCAAACUUGUUUGACCAUAUGAAACGACUCCACCCGGGAAUUUCAAUGGAAGAGCAACAAAAGCGCGCGAAUACGAUUGUACCCUUUUUGUUUAACCAGUACGAUCGAGACUCGUCACGUAAAAAACUUAUUGACAACGCUUUGGCUGUUCUUGUGUCGGCAGAUAUGCAACCUUUUUCAAUUGUAGAGGAUUCCGGAUUUCGCGAGUUUGUCAGAGUUCUUGAUCCACGAUACACACUUCCUUCGCGAAAGACUCUACAACAUGUAUACAUGAAGAAUAUAUUUGAAGACUUGAAAACAAAACUUUUUACAAUAUUGGACCGCGUUAACAGUUGCGCCAUUACUGCAGACCUUUGGACUUCAAAAGCCAACGAGUCGUAUAUUACUGCAACUUGCCACUUUAUAACAAAAGACUUCGUUUUGCGCUCAGUUGUAUUGGCCACAAAGCCGUUAUUGGAUGACUCUAAUCAUUCGGCUCAAAACAUUGCUUCUUCAUUGCGUGGCAUUUGUGACGAAUGGAACAUUUUUGACAAAAUAGCAGCUAUUACAACGGACAACGCUAACUCUAUGAUCAAAGCUUGUGAGUUUUUACAAAAAAGACAUCUACCCUGUGUUGCUCACACCAUAAACCUGGUUGUGCAAAGCUGUUUGGCGAUCGAUUGCUUACAAGACAUUUUACUUAAAUGCAAGCGAAUUGUCACAUACUUUAAAAGCAGCUCAAUUGCACUUACUAAGUUGGAACUAUAAUUGGAACUAUCAGCGAUGCUGUAACUGAAGUACUGGAAGAUACCUGUUUUGUAGCGUUAUCAAACGGAGAUAGUAACUGAACAAUAUCUUUUAAUAUUGCGACUUCGUCCGCAGUGAAUGGUGUUGGUGCUUUAGACGUACUUAAAAGUACUUUCGAGAUGGCCUCAUUUGUAAGUAGUAUUCUUUCUAUCAUGUGAUAGGCACUGUUCCAUCUUGUGGGCACUUCUUGUAUCAAGCUAUAUUUAAUGUCCGUUUCUUGCGACGCUUUAAACUUACU